UAUUGCAAAGGAUCCCACUUCACUAGAAGAAGAGAUCAAAGAGAUUCGUUGAAGUGGCAGUAGUAAGGCUCUGGACAACACUCCAGAGUUCCAGCUCUCUGACAUUUUCUACUUUUGCCGGAAAGGAAUGGAGACCAUUAUGGAUGAUGAGGUGACAAAGAGAUUCUCAGCAGAAGAACUGGAGUCCUGGAACCUGCUGAGCAGAACCAAUUAUAACUUCAGGUACAUCACCCUUCAGGUCACGGUCCUGUGUGGGUUAGCAGGGCUGAUUUGGUACUGCUUCCUGCUGCUGCUCAGGAUAGCGCUGGCCUUGACAGGGAUUAGCCUUCUAGUGGUGGGCACAACUGUAGCGGGAUACUUGCUUCAUACCUUGCCAAUCGAUGUGAUCGUCUUGGCCAGCGAUGGCUAUUAUGCCACGGUGGGUCAAAUGCAUGGGGGAAUCAUAGGUUUGAUUCAGAGAGCCAUGGUGAAGACUUGCCCACACAUCUGGUUUGAGCGCUUGGAAGUGAAGGAUCGCCACCUGCUGGCUAAGAGACUGACUGAACAAGUGCAAGAUAUAAGUCAGCUGCCUAUCCUCAUCUUCCCAGAAGGAAUCUGCAUCAAUAAUACAUCGGUGAUGAUGUUCAAAAAGGGAAGUUUUGAAAUUGGAGCCACAGUUUACCCUGAUGCUAUCAAGUAUGACCAUCAAUUCGGCAAUGCCUUCUGGAACAGCAGCAAAUAGGGGAUGAUGACGUGCCUGCUGUGAAUGAUGACCAGCUGGGCCAUUAUCUGCAGCAUGUGGUACCUGCCUUCCAUGACCAGAGGGGCAGAUGAAGAUGCCGUCCAGUUUGUGAAUAUGGUAAAAUCCGCCAUCGCCAGGCAGGGAGAACUUGUCGACCUGCUGUGGGAUGGGGGCCUGAAGAGGGAGAAGGUAAAGGACAUGUUCAAGGAGGAGCAGCAGAAGCUAUACAGAAAGAUGAUUGUGGGGAACCACGAGGACAGGAGUCGCUCAUGAGCUUGCUUCGAGCUGGCUGGGGCCACCGUGUGGAGUGAUCCUGGGCUAGGAGCUGGAGUUGCCACCGCUGCCUCCACUGCUGCGUCCUUUCCAGAAUCCAGGGCUCCCUGGGCUGCUCUGGAUCCCAGGACUCUGGAUUU